AUGGAUAUAUACAUUCGUAUCGAAAGUUUGCUGAGCUUUGCAUCAUCAAAGUCGCUUUCAUCAUCAAUCCAACAUUCUUUGCGCAAAUCACACACAGAUUCAGCCACAGUAAAUUGGCUUCUGCCACCAUUUGUAGGAAUUUGUAAGAUUGAGCACGUCUAA